AUAAGUUGGGGGCAAAGUCCUGCUGGGCGCUGCUGGGAGGAUGGCACGCCUGUGGGUGCUGUGGGGUGCCCUGCUGGGCUGGGCUGGGUCUCCAUUUCCUAGCUGGGGCGCCUAUGGGAACUCAAGCGCCAGCACCUGCAACUUUGCCUGCGACCGCUGGGAUUGCUCUGAUGAGAGCCAUUGCGGCUACCGGAAUGGGCUGGCACUGCCAGGUGCUGCCUUGGCCUGCGACUUUGAAGGCACCACCUGCGGCUGGGAGGACGUCAGCACGUCUGGGUACCGGUGGCACCCAGGGCGGGGCAGAGGCUGGGUGCACGGCGCUGACCCCCCCUUCGACCACACGCUGGGCACCGACCAGGGCUGGUACAUGAGCACCUCAGAGCAGCGAGCCAAGCCGCCUGCCGCCCCUGCCCGACUCCGCUCCCCGACCCUGAGCGACGCAGCCUCAACCUGUGAGCUCUGCGCCUGGUACAGCAUGGCCGAGACAGGACCCAACGGGAGCUUCACAUUGGAGUUGAGCCACGGCGGCCACGUUGUCCCCCUGUGGCGAAGCCCCGCCUCGUCCUCUGGUGCCUGGCGCCCCCUGCUGGCCUACACUGGAAGAGUCCGCGGCACUUUCCAGGUGACCUUCUCCUCGGUGGCGAGCGUGGCGCUGGACGACGUGCAGUUCAGGAACUGUCGCCCCCAAAGUUCCCGGAGCUGCGCCCCAGACGAGCGCCCGUGCCUGCCAAGCGGCUGCGUGGCCCCUGCCCGCCAUUGUGAUGGCACCGAGGACUGCAGCGACGGCAGCGACGAACAGGGUUGCGAGACCUUCUUCUCGUGCCCCUUCGAGGAGGACUGGUGCAGGUGGGCAGCGGAUGCCAACCAGAGCCUCUCCUGGGCGAGGAACUGCAGCUCCCAGGUGCCGUCGUCCCCAGCCCGUCCCACCCGCGACCACACCACCAACACGCCGGAAGGGCACUUCAUCUACGUUGCCGGCGCCCAGCCGGGCCGAGCUGAGCUGUUCAGCCCCACCCUGGUGGUGAACGGGUCCUGCCAUCUGGUGCUCUAUGCCCACCUGCACGGGUCGGACGCCAACCGCCUGAACGUCUACUCCCAGACGGAGACGAAGAGGGAGCUGAUCCUCAGCCGUGCCGGCGACCUGGGGGACUUCUGGUUCCGCCAGGAAGCCACUUUCAACGGCACCGAGGACUUCCAGAUUGUCCUUGAGGGCGUCAUCGGGAAGGAUCCCCAAAGCAGCAUCGCUCUGGAUGACCUGAUCCUGUCUCCCGGUUGCAUCCAGCAAAGCGGCCUGUUCUCCGCUCCCCACACCGAGCAACCACCCGGACCGGUGCCCUGCAAGGACGACCAGUUUGCCUGUGACAGUGGGGCACGAUGCCUCGGCAGCGAGCAAGUGUGUGACUUCAAGGCCGACUGCGACGACGACACUGACGAGAGCCAGUGUGGAGCCAGCAAUUUCACCCAUGGCAUGGGCGGCUGGGCGGACGUCAGCGUGGGCCGGAUCCAGUGGGUCAGCGCGGGGCGGGAUCCUGCAUCGCCCGGCCUGGGCCUGGGCCAGGCUCCGGGGCAGAUGCUCUCCCUGGCCAGGGCCACCACGCCGCUCCUGGGGCCUUCCAGCUGGGCCUGCGCCGUGGAGCUGCAGUUCAACACCGGCCCUCAAGGGUUUCUGGCUCUGGCUGUCACCGACGCAGCGCCGGGCCAGUGGUUGUGGCACGCCCAGGGCAAUGGCACCGCCGCCUGGCAGCACGCCACCGUGGCCCUGGGUGCGAGAGAACGGCCUUUCCAGCUGGAGCUCCUAGCGACGGAGGAGGAUUUUGCCCUGGCCAUCAAGAGCGUGGCCUUUCUGGACUGCGGUGCUUCUCUCUCGCACCCCUCAGGGCUGUCGUGCAACUUUGAGAGCAACCUGUGUGGGUGGUUUGCUGAGCCGGGCGACGGGUUUGAGUGGCGCCUCCACAUUGGCCAGGACCACACGACGGGCAGAGGUUCUUUCCUCUCGGCGGACCCUGCGGCACCCGGAUCCCGCGGCCGGCGGGCGAGGCUGGUCUCUGCCCCCCAAGCUUCGCUGACACUGUCCAACGCCUGCCUCUCCUUCUGGUACCGCCUGGAGGGGCCCCAGAUUGGCACCUUCAACCUGCUGGUGAAAUCCGCCGGUGCCGCAGAGGAAGUUCUGUGGACCCGGGCGGGGACUCAGGGCGCCGCUUGGCGCCGUGCCUCGGCCACAAUUCCCCAGCAUCUGCUGCCCGGCUUCCAGGUGAUCUUUGAGCUGCUCCGCGACGGCUUUGUGGGAACCGUAGCAGUGGACGACGUAGCACUGGCGCCCGGCCCCUGCGCCGCCCCCCUCCGCUGCAACUUUGAGGAGCCUGGCGCCUGCAAUGUUUCGGGAGGAGGGUGGGUGCGGUGGCAGGGCGGCGGCACCUCAGGGCAAGGCCCGCUCCAUGACCGCACCCUUGGCACGUCGGAGGGACACUACAUGGUUGCCGACACCAGCGCCCUGGCAGCGGGAGAAGCGGCGCUGCUGUGGACGGGGACGUACCUGCCGUUGGGGGGCACCCACUGUGUCGGAUUCUGGUACUACCUGAGCACUGGAGACGCAGGCUCUCUGCGCGCCUCCGUGGAGGAAGAGGGCAGGAGGCAAGCCGAGGCGCUGGCAGUGGGUUCAAUGCGGCACGGGAGCUGGCGCUACGCAAAUUUCACAGCGGAAGUUAGCAGCGAGUGGCAGGUGGCUUUUGCGGCAGAAGGCGAUGGAGGGGCUGUGCCGUCGUAUGUGGCGCUCGACGACCUUGAGGUGACACCGGGGAGCUGCCUCGGCGCUGGCUCAUGCGAUUUUGAAUCCGGCACCUGUGGCUGGAGGAAGCCCCACGGUGAUUGGUGGAGCUGGGAUUGGGCCGGGGCGGGCGCCGACGGGCGCCACAUCUCCGUCCAAGUGGGCACCGGACACCACGCCGCCCGCCUCACCAGCGAGACCCUUGAAGGCACCGGCUGCUUCCACUUCCGCUACCGCAUGGCCUUCCAGGGGAAAAGUGCAGGCAAUGCUGAGCUCCGGGUGCUCCUGUCCGGCCCGCAGGGGGAGCGUGUGGUCUGGCGGGCCGCCAGCCACCAAGGUUGGGCCUGGCGGGAGGAGAGGCUUCUCAUUGACAGCGGUGGUGAGUUCCAGGUGGUGCUGGAAGUGGGCGCUGGCGAUUGGUCCGGCACGGGUGCCAUCGCGGUGGAUGACGUAGCAUACGUGGCAGGAGGUGGGUGCGAGGAGCGGCGCCAGGAGAGCAGUAGUGAAGGGAGCAGUGCCCCCACCCUGCCUUGGGAGGCUGCCGUUGCAUCCGCAGCCGCCUGCGCCCUUUUUGGGGGGCUCCUGGCCUGGGCCGUCGCUCACCGCUGUCGGAAGAAGUGUUGCCCGUUGGAGGCGCCCCAGUUCGAGGCCUUUGACAAUGUUGCCUUCCAAGACGACCAGGUUCGGAUUGUGGAGCUGCCCAUCAGCGCGCCAACAGACUAGCCCCUUUCUCCCCAGAAGGAUGCCUGCCUAGCUGGCGGGUUGGGCUGGAUGACCCUCAGAUCCCUUUCUGACUGGGCACGAUUUCUCUGGACGUGCUGAAGGCGGACAACACGAAACAAAGGAGAAAACUGUGGCGU